AGCUAAUAAUUAUACUCUCCGCGACGGAGUGCAGAAUUUGAUGACGUAGACAUUGUUUGUUUUGACGCAGUGUGCGCACAAAAUAAACAUACGCUGUGUAUAAUUCAUUUCCAGAGAAGUUAAGUUUCAUUUUGCGAUUUACUGAGAAUGAAUUACAUCUAUCUUUUUGCAGUUUUUAUUUUGGUUAUUUAUCGAGUUGAGGGAGAAACUCGUUUAAAUCCUAGAGGCAACAAUGUUUGCAAACUGGUAACUUCGUAUACUGCUCUAGCAAGUACGAAGACAUCGUACAGCAUUAAAACACCGUAUAAAACAUGUUGCAAGAGAAUCGUGUUUUGUGUGAAGAGGUGCACUAAGUUUAGAAAUAAGAAGAUCUAUUACAAGAAGACACGUAUUACUGCGAAGUUAAACACGACAUAUCGUUGUUGUAAAGGUUAUGAACGAACGCACCCAAGUCAUACACAAUGUUUAAAACCAAUAUGUAUAAAAGGAUGCGAUGUGGGAUCGUGCGUCGCACCCAACAUAUGCCAGAUGACGUAUGACUCCAGACUUGGAUUUAAAGAAAGCGUGAAAUUGCCAGAACGAUGUGGUGGCCAUUUUGAAAAAGCGAGCGGAAAGAUUGCUUUACAUGGGAACACAACUCAUCCCAUUUAUCGGACACGACUAUGCCGGUGGACGAUACGGAUUCAAAAUGGUAGCAAAGCCACGUUCCAAUUUAUUAGUUUCCAUUUUCACAACGGGACAAGUUGUGCCGAAAGCGUCAUAACUGUUCGACAAGAAAACGCGAGAAUUUUUUUCUUUUGUAGUAUCAACGCACCUAAUAGUCAAAAUAAACUUGUUCUUGGGGCCGGAGUUUGGACCAUCGAGGCAGUUCAAAAUAAUUGGAAAGAACGUGAUGGAUUUGAAAUCACAUUUGAAUCCAAAAAAAAGAACGGUGUUUAACCAUAGCACCAUAACUUUGACCUUUCUCUACACAGGGUUCCCAAUCUUUUUUCAAAUCAAAACAGUAGGAGAAUUUUCAUUGGUACUAAAAAAACAGGCGCUCCACGAAGGUUGGUGAUAUGUGGUCAAAGCACAAAAAGAAUUUACUUACUCGACCAUUAAACUUUGAAGAAAUUCCAGCCUGAUCUUCUCUUUCCCUUUGACGGGGAAGAGGUAUGAAAAUCUUUUCAGUUUUUAUCAUGUAUAUAAUUUUCCUCAAAGUUUCAAUUCUCUUUAAUUUUGACAUUUAAAAACAGACCGGCAACCCUGUAUAAUUUGUAACAAACAUUUUUUAUUCUCAAACACAGAAUUUGAUAUCGUAAAACAUACAUAACAAAGACAAGCAUUCUAGUUGAAGAAAAACAUUUACAAUUACAAAAUAUUAACCUGCUAUGUACAAUCCAACUUUAAAAUUAUAAUAAAAGAUGACGACAUUUUACAAAUGUCCUAUUUGCUUCGA